AUGGUUCUUCAAUUUAAAACAUUCGAUUCCCACAGUGGUCUUUUUUCAAUCGAAUAUUUUCUUGGAACGUCACGUGGAGGGAAUGAACUCGCCUAUAAAACAUUCGCUGUACAUACUCUGGGAAAUGAGAGUUGUGAUUCUUUUGUCAAUUGCUACUGUCCUAGUGUUGGACCCUGCGAAAAUUCAUUUUAUACAGUAAAAUUCAACCAUCUGAUAAAGAAUAACACCAACACUGGGCAACACAACAGGGCCUAUUAUUUUACUGUAAAGGUAACAAACGGAGCACGGCUGGUUGCUAUUGAACAUGUGGACAUUCUUGCUGAUGAUUCACCUCCAGUGAGAGGAGUGGUUGUUGAGGGACCUGAGGGAUAUCCUGAUAUUGAUUAUACCAGCGAAGCAUCGGUGAUUGUGAGAUGGAACGGGUUCAUAGACCAUGAAAGUGGAAUUAUGAAAUACCGCAUUGGUAUCGGUGAGCACUGUCUUACAGCAACAGAGAUGAAUGUCUACUCUCACGACCUGCCAAAUAAUUCUAGUCUUUAUGAAUCAUCAGAAGCAUAUCUUAAAGUUAAUUUACCACACGAUUGCCUUUAUUAUGUUUCGGUGUUAGCAUACAACAAUGCGUUAGAACCAUCAGAGGUUGCCUGUUCAGAUGGUGUUUUUCGAGACACGACUCCCACCAAGGUAACUGAUUUAACUCUGGAAUCAGCUAAAAUUAAACCUGUUAUUGGAUGUUAUGAUAAUAAGGUCUGGCAUAUUUUUGAAAACUUAACGGCAUACGAACUUCAGAAAACCGAACAAUGCAACAUUGCUUGUAAUUCAACUAUGACUAUGCAACUCGUUGAGUACCUACCAAAGCGAAACCGGUACUCAAACCAUUCCUCAUACUCGACAGCUAUGUGUACAAAAUUAUCUAGUUUCUCAGAAAAUUGGUUUAUAUAUCUUCCAACUGACAAAAUAAAAUUAAGAUGGGCCUUAGAAGAAAAUGAAUCACAAAUCCAGAAAGUAUACACAGGAUUUGGAUCAACAACCAGCGCAAGCAUGAGUCCAGACUUGAUAUCGUAUUUAGAAACUAAAAAAAUCAAUGAAUAUCAAAUCGUGCAUUCGGGUUUGGAUCCUGGCAUACCAGUUUAUGCUUUUGUUAAAGUAAAGAACAAGGCCGAUCUCACAACCCUUGUCCCAUUUGGACCUUUAAUCAUCGAUGAGACGCCUCCCUUAUACCGAGGAAACGUUGCUGUUAUCCAAGAUCCUGAAUACAUCUAUGUCGGUUGGACUGAAAAUACAUUUAUGGAGGCAGAACAAAAGGAACCAAUUGAGUCUGUGCUUUUUCGAAUAGGUUGUGGAAACGUAUUAAGAACACCUCUGUUGGAAGCAAAAAUAUUUGAGAAGUGUCCUGGAAACUUUUCAUCUUGUUUUAAAUAUCCACAUGAAAGGGUCCUCAAAUUUCAUACUAAUGAUGAAUCAAAACACUAUUUUAACCUGUACGUUUACAACAUAGCAGGACAUUUUGCAGAAGUUCAGACUGAUCCCUUUUUUCUUCCACCUCGGUUUCCACCAACAACAGGGAUACUUAUUGAAACAGAGGCCGGACACUUAUCAUCCAACAACGAUAUUGACUAUACUUUUCAGACCAACCAAAUUUGUUUUGAUUGGAAAGGAAUAUGGCAUGUUCAAAAUAUGUCAAUAGAAAUAGGACUCGGAUCUAGCAGAGAAUCAGCUGAUGUUCAAUUUUUUAAAUCUAUAUCAAAUGAUGAGAAUUGUUUACACAACUUGCGACUAAAACCAUUUAAGAAAUAUUAUACAUUUGCGCGUGCGACUGUUGCAGGUCAUGUACAGUCCGUGGUUAUUUCCGAUGGAUUCACGGUCAUUGACAAAGCAGACGUGCUUAAUGCCCUACACGUCCGAAUAGGAACACCUUGCGGGGCCAAACAUUUAACAGAAGUUGAUGUUGAAAUGGCAAAUACCACAAAUGUAUAUUUCGUAAAAAGUAAAUUACGAGAAAAUCAAAUAUAUACAGCUGUUUCAAAUAACACUGCCCUUACAAGUGAAGAUGUCGUAUGGAUUGAUGAGAUGAAUAAACAAUUUGUUGCCAUUGUUCCGCAGCCUAAGUUCUAUGUACUAAACAAUAAUCCUGUAUCUAUACUUCCCUGUCAGGAGGAUAAACGGUUUCAGUCCAGUAAGCACACGUUAGAUGUGUUUUGGGCAUAUGAUAAAACAGAGUCAAUUACGCACUAUAAAGUAGCUUUGUUUAAGAUUAACAAGGAUAGAACAGAGACACUGAUAGAAACGUUCAAAAACGUUGGUAAAAACAUGCAGAUCCAUCUCAAUAAUUUGCAUUUACAAAACAACCAACUGUAUCGUUCAUUAGUCCAACCUUGCUUCCAGAAAACGUGUUUGAAAGGGAAGUAUUCGAAAGAUGUAUUGGUUGAAGAAUUGCUUCAUUCCAGUUAUGACAUAGAAGCAAUUUUCGUUGUGAACGGAAGGGAUGCCCAAGAAGUGGAUGUUAAUGUGAAGUUUGAUGCAUUUAGAUGUGGUCAAACGAACAAUGCCAUAGGGUAUGCUGGGGCAUUAUUUGAAGCAAUUGAUCAUCAUCAUCAACUUACAUCUUGGUAUCUAUUGCCCUUAAACACUUCUUACAAUACAUUUGAUAUUGACAUUCCAUAUACGUUGCCCGUUUACGGAUACAAAAGUAUGAAAAUCUGUGUUAAAGGAAUAUGCCGAUCUGGACAGUCAAAAACAUCUUGUACAAAUCUCAAAGCGAAAUCCAAUCCUAAUGAGAUUACAACUGGACAUCUUUACGAGAUCGAUUCCGAGGGAGAUAACUUCAAGGCAAUCCUCAAACUAGCGAACAGUCAACAUUUAGGAGAUAAAAUAAGACUUGUUCAUGAUGCAGAAGUCGAUGUGGUAUCGCACGGUCGAAGAGUACACGGAUUCAUGAACGGAAUAGAUGGAAAGGUUGUAACUUGGUACCUAAUGGAAAAACAAUCAUUGCCUCAACUUACAUGCAAUGCUGAUAUCUAUUGUCUCCAAACGACAACCUCAACAGAUGGGAUAGGAAGGUUUAACACACAGGGGUUACGAGCCGGCACAUAUUUUAUAUGUGCUAUUGUAGAAAGCAACAACUCGAGUAACCUUAAACAUUUAACAUCAGCGGAAAAGGACUUUUCCACAUGCGGGAAUGGCUUUGUUAUUGAUGAAUCGCCACCCGCUGGUGGCCUUGUAGAAAUUUCUAGCAACAAUGAUGAUUUUAUUAGUGACAAAAACGAGUUAGAAAUACAUUGGUCGGAUUUUCACGAUGAUGAAAUGAAACUAAGCGUUGAACAUUCUGGUAUCGCUAGAUAUGAAGUCUCGCUAGGUUCCAUUUUCGGUGGUCAAGAUGUCGUUCAAUACAGAAAUGUUGGUUUGCAGACGUCAGUAGUAUUUUUCAACAUUAGCCUGAAUAUUGGAAUGACAUAUUUUGCCACAGUAAAAGCGUUUGAUUUUGCCGGCCAUGUCACAGAAGUCACUUCCUCUGGAAAAACACUUGAUUUCACCGCCCCUGAAUUGGGAAUGAUUUUCGUACGAUUUUCUGGACUUAAAGAUGAUAUUUCAACAAUUCAUGAGCUCUUUGUCCAGUGGGAAGGUUUUGUUGACGAAGAAAGUGGAAUUAAAGACACCUUAUUGGCUAUGGGUUCUACAAAUGAAUCCACGGACAUUUUGGAUUUUCGCUCAGUCACAGGGGGGUCUACCAUAAUCAAGGAGCUUGAAUCUAUGCGAGAUGGACACCAAUAUUUUAUAAUUCUAAAGGUAUUAAACCACGCGGGCCUCCAUACGAUUGCAGCAUCAGAACCGUUUUUAUUUGACAAGUCUCCACCUGAAAAUGGUAUUGUUUAUGAUGGUCUCGCAAAUGAUGUUGACUUUCAAAACGACAUUCAGUCAUACACUUGCCAUUGGUUUGGUUUUCUUGACCCUCACACAAAUAUAGAGUAUUACGAAGUUGGACUUGGUACAAAACCUUUCACAUAUGAUAUAUUCCCCUCCAGAUUUGUUGGACUUCACAAAAAUAAUUCUUGGAGUGGGGUUUUUGAACCUGGAGUACAAUAUUACGCUACGGUUAAAGCUUGUAAUCGUGCUGGACUGUGCUCUUUGAAAUCUUCGAAUGGCGUCAUCAUGGAUAACUCCCCUCCAGUCCCUGGAUUAAUUCAUAUUGGAUUUAGUGGCCAUCACGAACCUUUCUUGCCUUAUAAUAAUUCUGUUUCUGCGUCAUGGGUGGGGUUUAUAGAUCCUCAUUCUGGAAUCGAUCAUUUCGAGUGGUGUUUAGGGAAACACCCCGGUCUUUGCAAUUAUGUUGAUUACGAAAAUAUCAUGCUAUCAAACAGAGUGACCAAGACUGGUAUGUCGCUUCCAACAUCAACAGAUCUCUAUUUUACGCUGAAAUCAAUCAAUAGAGUUGGACUAUCAGUAGAACGUACAUCUGCUAAGUUCCAGAUUGAUACAAGUCCUCCAGUUGCGGUGAAAUCUCCAACGUUUAUUACAAAAGAUCAUGGGGUUUCCCUAGUCAAUGGAACUCAGUUUGACAACUCCUUGAUCACCAUACAAUGGCAAUUCCAAGAUUUAGAAAGCUCCAUUGUAAGACAUCAAUUAGUUCUAGAAGUAAAUAGAAACGGACAUGUUGCCUAUGAAACAAAAGAACUUGGAAGUCAAAUGCAGAUAACUUUAAUGUCCCCAAACGGAACAUUUUUAAAAGAUGGCGACGCUUACAUUGCAAAGGUUACCAGCUGUAAUGGUGCAGGUCUUUGUACGACAGCUAUAUCGGAUACACUUCUGAUUGACUCCACUCCUCCCUUCUUGGGUGGUUUUAUGAACACAAUGACUUGGAUAAAUGUUGGUAAUGAAACCAGAGUACAACUUGCGUGGUAUGGAUUUAUUGACCACGAGUCGGGGAUACAUGAAUAUGUUAUUAGUUUAAGUAGUUCAUAUUCUGGAAAUGAAUUAUCCGACGGUCUAAAACGUGUCCGCCAUGCUAACACUUCUCGACAAACUGCUUCAUUAACUCUGUCAAAAAAACUCAAAAGCAAUGAUGCUGUUGUGUUAACUGUGAUAGCCAUAAACUCAGUCGGUUUGAGAAGUUCUAUAGGAAAGGCAUCUGUUAUUCUUGUUCCUAGUGAUUUGAACCAUACAAAGGGCAUCUUAACAUUUCAGAGACAUUCAUGUAUAUCUCAUUAUUGCAAUAACGAUUGUACUUGUGCAGUUGUUGGGAAAAAAUGUCUGAAUAAAGUUAACGCACCAUGCAAAGAACUGCAGAAUGUUUCUGAAUUAAUGUUGAACAUUUCGGUACAUUUUGGACUUGCUUCUUUUCCCGUUUCAAUAAUGUCAAGCGCCACCUGCUUUUCGGGGUUUUGGACAGAUGAGGACCGAUUGAAAAAGGUUUUACGUUAUGAAUGGAGUAUCGGUGAAAGCGGAGAAGAUCCAGGAUAUGGAAUCUUUGAUUCAAAAAAAGAAAGUGUGUGGUAUGAUAAUGGUCUUCAAGAAGAUAUUGAAUAUUGUUUGCCCUUCCUCAAAAAGCUAAGUCAUGGUCAACAUUAUACACUUUAUAUCAAGGCAUGGGUAUCGGAGAAUGAAUUCUCAAUAUUCCACUCAAAACCACUCUUAGUUGAUUUAACACCUCCUGAGAGAAGACGAGGCCAUUCAGUGAUCGAGGCAGAAGGUCACUGUUUAAAAGAUAUUGAUUAUAUUGAUUCAUUGAAACUAAUAAAAAUUUGUUGGGAAAAUUUAUUCUCGGAAAAGGAAGGAGAAAUAGUGACAUAUUACUUCAGUGGUGGAACAAGACCUUUUGGUGAUGACUUCAUACAGAAAACAUCGGUUAAUUUAUCUACAGUUUUUGAGGUCAAUCAAGCAAUGACACCAGGAACCACCUACUUCUUCACCGUCAUUGCUAGAAAUAAUAUGGGUCUUGAAACCACUGCAAUAUCCGACGGAAUACUUGUUGAUACUGACAGUCCUACCCCUGGAGUCGUAUAUAAUACUAAACAAUUUCGCAAUGCUCUUCAUCAGUUUUCCACAUCUUCUCUGUCAAUGUCUUGGCACGGAUUUGAAGACCACCAGUCGUCAAUUAAAUAUUUUGAAGUCAGCAUUGUAGAAACAGAGAGCGAUACACUGAUAAAUAGAACUGAAAGAGUACUCUUUUCAAAUGACUAUACUUUCAGAAACCUACAUUUACAACAUAACAAAAGCUACGGCAUUAGAGUACGAGCUGCUGAUUUCUUGCAACACUUCUCCCCUUAUGUCACUUCCCACCCAAUUAAAAUUGAUUCAACUCCGCCGUUUGGGGUACAAUGUGAAAAAUUUGAGGAUUUAUAUUUAGAAGUAACUGCAAUUGAAAAACAAAAACCAUUUCUCCACUCAAGAACAACUGUUUUAAGCGGUGUUGUUUCCCUGAAAAAGAAUACAAUCUACAAAAUAAGCGUCGAUGUUUUGAAAGAAUUGCACUUUAAAAUGGUUUAUUUUCAGUUGAGAAACGAAGUCAUGAAUUUAUAUUUGUCAUUGAAUGCGGACUCGAGUUAUUCUUCAAAACAUCAAUUUAUGUCUACAUAUGAGGGCGAGAUAAGUUUGAAGAUUAUAUUUGCAAGUCGACAUGACAUCAUGGAAGAAGAUAUUUUCAUAUGGCUUCAACAAUGUAGCGUUUCUUCAAUUACCCAGUCACCACUGAUAGUACGCCAAAUAAACCCUGGAUUGCUGUCUGUAUGCAGCUUUAUUUUGGAUCAAGAGAGCGACAUUGAAAACGUUUUAAUUGGAGCUGGUACAACUAAAGGCGGAUAUCAAAUACAAUCUCUUUUACCUGUCUCUUCAUUCAAUCAUGGCGUUGUAGAAACGGAGUCUCCCCAUGGAAGUCGUAUCUAUAUCACAGCUGUUGCAAGAAACAAUGCGGGGCAGUGGUCAAAGUUUUCACAAGAAAUAACAUUGGACCAUACCCCGCCUAUUAUAAGUAAUUUCACAGUGGAAAUCCAGAAUUAUGAAACAGGAGAGGAAAGGACGCAUGUGGCAAAAAUGUCGUUAUCCAACUCCACAACAAGACUCCACAGUGAAACUCGGGUGGUGGCAUCAUGGAAUGUAAGCGAGGAGGAAAGUGAACUUGUAUCCUGUUUUUGCUCUGUUGGUCCUUUGAAAGAAUCAAUGGGAAGAAUUUGGCAACAAAGCAUUGAUAGAUCGCAGUGUGAAAUAUCUAAUCUGACCUUUGAUCAUGGAGCAAAAGUAGAAGUAUCUGUCAAAUGCAUAAACAAAGUACAGCUAAUGGAAGUAAAAAAGGCGGGACCACUUACAAUAUAUCACGAAGCCCCGAACUCUGAUUUGACAUCUUUAUCGUUUUAUCCCGACAACCGUUAUACUGUUCUGGAGGGCAAUGCCAAUUUGAAAGUACAGUCAAAUUUAACCCAUGUUGAUUUUACUUGGGGUUUAUUCGAUGACCUGUCAGAAGACGUCAACUACGAAACGCGUGUAAGAAAGGAUGACAAUGUAAUUGCACCUUGGGAGUCGGUUGGUCUUAGAAACAGUGCAUCGAGAAAAAUAAACCACAUGGGGAGAGCAGAUACCUUUUUUGUGGACGUCCGUGCAAUCAACAAUGGUGGUUUCCAAAGUCCUCCAAUCAACGCCUCCAUUAUUCUCGAAUAUAAACCGCCUACCUUGACGGGAGUACCAGCGGGAUACCUUCUGGAUAAUGGAAGUUGCUCCAUAAAGUGGACGAACGUGUUCUCGCCGAGUGUCUACGGUCCUAUGGUGUACCAAGUAUCGGUUGGUUCCAGAAACGGAACCUCUGAUAUCCAGUCACCAAUCUUCACAAUGGCACAGGAAAUAAACGUUGAGUGGAGCCCUGACCAAUCACAGCAUGAAGUGUUUGUUAACAUCCUGGCUUUUGGAUCGAAUGGCGAAUUUUCGCGUUACAACACACAUUUUUUUGUCCGCUAAAACUAAAUUCAUCUGAUGCAUAAUUAUUCUUGCGCGAUUUAUGUUGUACUUUAUAUUUUAGUCUAGAAUUUAACAUUAAAAUAUGUUUGAAAGCAGCAAA